CAAAUUUCAACAAAUACUAGAUAACAAAAGUCGACAUAUUAGGUAAUGCUACCAUUUUCUCUAGCGGAUCUUUGAAGCGUGUUGUUUUUACCAACCAUGGCAAGCUAUGUUCAAAGCAAGGCACUGCUGGUUGCGGCUUUUGACUUCGGAACCACAUACAGCGGCUAUGCGUUCUCAUUCCGAGACGACCCCAACAAGAUUCAGACAAACCAGAACUGGUACGCAGGGGGCGGGGCUUCAAGGCUGGUUUCACUGAAAACACCUACAUCUGUCCUUCUAAACCCGGAGGGAGAGUUUGACAAGUUUGGAUUCGAGGCUGAAGACACAUACGCAACCCUAGCUGAAGAUGAUGAGCACCAUGGCUGGAGGCUUUUCCGAAGGUUUAAGAUGGUUCUGCAUAGUAAUAAGCACUUGACGAAAGAUGUUACGGUAGAGGACUUUAGUGGAAAACAGAUGACGGCUUUCCCGCUGUUUGUCAUGUCGAUCAAGUACCUGAGAGAACAUCUACUUAAGGCGGUAACUAUGCAAAAGAUAGGGAUCGAGGAGAUUGACAUAUUGUACGUGUUGACCGUUCCGGCUAUCUGGGAUGACAAUGCCAAGAGAUUUAUGAGGGACGCGGCUAUAGAAGCUGGUGUAGACCCGAAGCGCCUUAAGCUGGCCUUGGAGCCGGAGUGUGCCUCUGUCUGGUGCGAGACGUUGGGUAUGGACGUCAAAGGCGCUGUAGCGUUUCAAGGAUCACAGUACAUGGUAGUCGAUCUUGGAGGAGGUACCGCAGAUAUAUCUGUCCAUGAAAGAAAACCAGCUGGAACCCUGAAGGAAAUCCACAAAGCCAGUGGGGGCCCGUGGGGAGGCAUAUAUGUGGAUGAAAAUUACAUGAAAAUGUUGAAUGAACUGUUUGGGGAAAACGCUCUCACUGAACUCCGAAAGACUGAAAUGAAUGAUUAUUUCGAUGUCACUCGGGAAUUUGAACAUAAGAAACGGUCAUUUGACACUGACAAAACAAAGCAGAUAAUUGUUCGUAUUUCUGCCUCGCUGAAGGAUUUUGCAGAAAAGUAUUCUUCCAAAUCUUUAGAGGAACUAAUUGCGUCCUUAAAAGUGCGGGAAAAUGCCAUCACCACGAGAGGAAACGACAAGCUGAAAAUUGAUGUAACAGUUGUCCAAACAUGGUUUAAAAGACCAAUCGAUCUGCUGAUCCAGCAUCUGAAGUCUCUUUUAGCUGAACCAAAGAUAAAAAGCGUGCGAACCGUUAUUCUAGUGGGCGGUUUCGGUGAAAGUGCGUACGUUCAGGAGAGAAUCAGGAAUGAAUUAGCCGGCAUCAGACUGAUCGUUCCUCCAGACGCGGGCCUCGCCGUGUUGAAAGGCGCCGUCAGGUUUGGACACAUCCCCGCCAUUGUCUCCUCCAGGGUCAUGAACUACACGUAUGGGACAAGUGUGUAUGCCCCGUUUGAUAAAAAGAAGCAUCCUGAGGAGAAGAAAGUUUGGAAGAAUGGAGAAUGGUUGAUUGAGAAGUGUUUCGAUGUAUACGUGCGCGUGAACGAGGAGGUGAGAGUGGACAAACAGGUGACCAUGACGAAUAUUCCUAAUAACAAAAUAUCCCUCACAAGGGUCUACAGAACAACACAUGAGAACCCCGAGUUCACUACAGACCCCGGAUGUAAUUUGUUGGGGAUAGUUAAACUCAAAAUUAGCACCGAUAUUCCAUUUCAGCAGCAGAUAAUAGAAACUACGUUUAUGUUCGGGGAUACGGAACUACUCGUCAAGACGAAGAACACGAUUACUGGAAAAGAAGCCUACAUGACCUUUGAAUGCUUCAAAUGAAAGGUUUUGUUGUAUUUGACAUGACUUGUAUAACAUUUUUGCAAACUCUAUAGUGACUUCAUGUGUUAAAAACCAAUUUGAAAGUCAUUUAAGUCUGUGUGUGCAUAUAACGUUUUUGUUUAGUCUAUUUCCAUAUUUAAAUCAUAAAUAAUAAGCGUAUUUACAAUAACACUCGGAUUUGAAAGAAUUUCUAUUUGUACAGAUAUUAAUAAAAUCAUAUGUUUCGUA